UCCAAGGAUCGACCGCGAGCGCAGGCACGCGUGAUCGCACGAUUUUAUGCGUGAAAAUCAACGGGUACACCGAGAGAUCCGUGUACGAGAGUAAUGCACGAUUAUGAGCCGGUGGUAAAGUGGUGAUUUCACGUCUAUCCAAGUGUUGCCGUCGCGUAAACAACCGUUCCAAGAUGAACCAUCUCGACACGGGUUACGACGAGCCUUCUGUCACUCGGACCACGUAUAUCGAGGAGCAGGUGGUAGCAAUCGCGCUGGAGCUUUAAGAGCCAAGGGGUGGAGGCUGGAGAACGCAUUUCCCGUCGGAUACUUGGAUCAGCUGAAGAAGGAGGAUCGUUUUCGAGGGAGCUUUCGUGCAACCUGUGCACGUUCUCCUUCUUCGUCAGUAACAGCGGCAGGGAAGAACGAAAGGACACGCGACGAGGAUGAGGCAAGUGGUCGUGCUGGAGCCGGCUGGCAGCGUUCUGGUGAUCAGGCAGACUUCCCUAGGCGGUAACGUCACUACCGGGAACACCAAUUCCAAUGCCGGGUCCAAUAACGGCCACGAGACACACGGUCUCGCCAAUCACGCUGCCGUGUCCACGAUUGCCUCCAAUGAUCACAAUCAGAAUCGUAUCGUCGUCGUGCGCUCGUCAUCGUCGACCUGCAUGACCACCACGAACGACAAGGUCCCACGGAAGACGUCCUGUCUGUUUCACCAGGCCGACAAUCACGGGUCAGCGAACGGUAACGGGAACGUGAACGUGAACGUGAACGUGAACGCCAAUCUGAACGGAAACGCCGGCGGUAUCGUUAGCAAAACAUCGUCGAAGGUCGGCGUCGGCGGCGGUGGUUCCAAGUCGAACGAGAGAAACGAUCAUCCGAGGAACGAUCACAAGGGCCAGGAGGGGAUCGGUACCGGUGAAUCGAACUCUGGAUGUCGUCCAAGGACGAGCAAGGAAGCGGCUCACGAGAACGUCUCCUUAGACAGGAAGCUCGAUAACGCGGAUACCAUCUCCGAUGGGGAUCCGAUAAAACUUCCGGAUAAUUUGGAGACCCUGCCACGAGCCGAGCAUUUUCCAACUCAGAGGCACCGAUGGAACACCAACGAGGAAAUCGCCGCCAUCUUGAUAAGUUUCCAAAGGCACGCGGAAUGGCAAAGUCGGGAGGUGAAGGUGCGACCGCGCAGUGGUUCGAUGUUACUGUACUCGAGAAAGAAAGUCCGUUACCGGCGGGACGGUUAUUGCUGGAAGAAAAGAAAAGACGGCAAAACUACACGAGAGGAUCACAUGAAACUGAAGGUCCAGGGUGGCGAGUGCAUCUACGGCUGUUACGUGCACUCGGCGAUCCUUCCGACGUUUCAUCGGCGAUGUUAUUGGCUACUGCAGAACCCAGACGUCGUUCUCGUUCACUACUUAAACGUUCCUUAUCCGGACGGUGAUGCAAAGUUAGCGGCGCUGCCACCGUGUCUCGCACUGCCGCCAGACAAGAAAGAGUGGACGCGCGACGAGCUGGUUUCUCAACUCAGACCCAUGUUCCUCGGUGGAGAUGACGAUCCGAACAAUCCUCAUCUCACACAACACUCGAAUCAUUCCGUCGACAUGAUAGUUUCGCAACUGUUGGACAGACAGCGCGCGAACUCCACUUCCUCCACAACCAGCACUCAGCUUGCACCUAGGAGACUAACACCGGACAAUCAGGUUUCCUCGACUACCGGAGGUCAGCAAUCGUCAACGACAGCUUCACCGGCUCCUCGCGUAUACUCAAGACAUUCCCACACGACUCAAAGCCAACAGCCGGCUCCACUAGUGUUAAGUUUGCAACAGAUCCAAGGCGGCGGCGGUCUUUUGAUACUCAACAGUCAACCGUAUCAUCAUCAGCAGCAGCAGCAACAGCAACAACAGCAGCAGCAGCAGCAGCAACAGCAACAGCAGCAGCAGCAACAACAACAGCAACAGAGCCAACAAGUGGAGAUGCAACAGGUCACGGAACAACAGAUCGUGCAGCAGACGAGCGUCGACAGGGAACAACAGACCCAGCAGGAGAUCGACGCUCAGGAAAGCAUGGAUCGUUCCGCGGUGCAAACGUUGCCGAUCGGUGGCGCUGGCUCCGAGGUCACCGAUUUCGCCGAGACCUUGGAUUUAAGUCAAGAGGACAUUCAGCGAACGUUAUCCGCGAACAUGGUGCCCCCGUCUCCGUCCCCUUCACCGGCGGACAACAGCAUGAUCAAUCCAAUGGAUUUCAUCGACUCGUCGGACGACGUUCUGGUAAAUCUGGACGCGUUCGACGUGUUCGGCGAUCUGCCGGAGCUGCACGACUUCGAAGCUGAACAAACGAAGGCCGAGGAGAGAGGCGGAUCCGAUAACGACGUGGGAUGUCAUCCUGGAACAACCGUCCAUAUUGCGGAAUAUAGUCCGGAGUGGAGUUACACCGAGGGUGGUGUUAAGGUUCUGGUUGCUGGCCCCUGGACAGGUGGCAGUAAUUCACAAUCGUAUUCGGUGUUGUUCGAUGCCGAACCGGUGGAAGCCUGUUUGGUGCAACCAGGCGUGUUGCGUUGCCGUUGUCCUGCUCAUGCUCCGGGAAUAGCGUCUCUUCAGGUUGCGUGUGACGGGUUCGUUGUCUCCGACAGCGUUGCUUUCGAGUACCGUAGAGCACCGACGACCGAACCGAGUCCAGAGAGAGCGCUCUUGGAUCGUUUGGCGGACGUGGAGUCUCGUCUGCAAGGACCUGGUCCACCGUCACCCGCGGCUCACUUGGAAGAGCGACUAGUCGCGUAUUGUCAGGAUGCUGUUGUCCGUCCGUGGCGAACCGGAGCGGAACCGUUACAAUCCGGCGGCCCUACUCUGUUGCAUUUGGCCGCCGGAUUGGGCUACUCCAGGUUAGCCUGCGCUCUCCUUCACUGGAGAGCGGAAAAUCCUAGUAGCGUAUUAGAUGCUGAAGUUGAUGCCCUGAGGCAGGAUAGUGCUGGCCUUACGCCACUGGCUUGGGCUUGUGCCGCGGGACACGCAGAUACUGCCAGGAUAUUGUAUAGAUGGAACGCGAUGGCGCUUCGCGUGAGGGAUUGCCAGAAUAGAAGCGCGACCGAGUUAGCGGCGGAGAACGGUCACACGGCGAUCGCGGAAGAAUUAAAUCGACUCGAAGCCAGAAGGCAAGACGAGAGGCUUUUCUUGCGACCGGCCAGCCCUAGCCCUAGGAGGCCAUCUCAAGACAGCGGUCUCGAUCUGGCGUUGUGUGGCUCGCCGCUGCUGGACAACAUGGAAUUGUUGCAAGAGGAUGACUCGUCAUUAGCCCUCAGCGAGCAGGGAAUGGAGAGCGCUCCGACCCCUCAGGAGACUGUAGGGGAGGAAGACGCAAGGGUGCUGACAUUGGCUGAGCAAAUUAUAGCGGCGCUACCGGAAAGGAUCAAGAGAGCGGAAGGCGAUUCCCCGUCUUCUUCCUCGCCACCUCCCCCGGCACCGCCCUUGUCGCCACUGGAGGACGCUCUGAUGGAACAAAUGCCCCUCGAUUCCGGAGAACUGUUCGAGUCGUAUCGCGACUGCAGCGGAGGCGCAGCGUCGGUAUCAGACGUAGACGCCGACGCCAGCCCCUCGAGUCCAUCCAGCAGUUGCCUGACGCCCGACUCUCCGUCGCCGCCGCCCACCACGGCCGAUUUCUGCGAAUUCCUGCAGCUGCAGCUGCAACUGGACAGCAGCAACGGCCACAACGGUCAAUACUACUCGACCGGCGGCGACCGGAAGUACGGUAACGUGAUGGGAUCAGGAAUAUGCGGGAGUGUGACAGGUGGCGGUAACGGAGCCGGCGACGGUAGCGAGGCGGAUCUGAGCAGGCUCACUCUCUCCGAUCGGGAGCAAAGGGAGCUGUACCAUGCCGCCAGAAUGAUCCAGAAAGCCUACAGAAAUUACAAGGGCCGCCAGAGGCAGGAGGAAGCCGAGAGACACGCCGCUGUUCUCAUCCAGCAAUAUUAUCGUCGACAUAAACAGUACGCUUAUUAUAGACAAGCUACGAAGGCCGCGCUGGUGAUACAAAGUAACUACCGGAAUUAUCGUUCGCGUCCAGGCUCGGGCAGCUCGAGGCAGCAGGCUGUCCAUCAGCAGGCGGCACAUCAGGCGGCCAGGAAAAUACAGCAAUUCAUGCGACAGUCGAAAAUCAACUUGUCGUGGGACGAUUCACGACCGGCUGCAGAACGCCAGGGCCGCCGCAAGCGUGAACGGGAGGCCGCCAGCGGGCAUUUUACGGGCGGUUGCUGUCCCCCAAAGCUCGCCCUCAUCUAGCCCAGGGGCCAGCCUAGUAGCCGCCAACCAAGAGGUCACUUAAUCGACUGUCGAUCGAACAACAAGCAGAACGCCGACGACACUCCGGAAGCGAAACAAUAGAGCCUAGCCAUUCGCGUAUAUCCGUCGUCGUCGUGUGGACGACCGACAAAGGAAUUAUUUUCGACGUUUCCGUGCAAGCACCGAGGAGGUUCACCACCAACGAGAAAGACGAGGGAUAGAUGAAUCGAAAGAGAGAGAGAGAGAAAGAGAGAAAGCGAGAAAGAGAGAGAGAGAGGAAAGGUUUAUGACCACCAAAACACGGACACACUUUGCUCUCUACAAUCCCUGAUUGAACAUGUACCUGCCUUUGAUCUAAAUCUAUCCACCUUUCGUAUCUUUGUCCCCACAGUUCAG